AUGCGGGUCCCUGAAUCCUUUAGACGUCCUGCAAAUAUUCUUCCAUUACAUGGCAGUGCCUUUAGGAACAAAAAUAAGGAUAAAAAUGGUGAAGAGGUUAUACAAUCCAAUCCUUUGGAAAGCUCAGAUGAAACCCCGGGUGCUCAAUACCCUAUAGAUGAUUUUUCGUUUAAAGCAAUUCCAACAGAGGCUUAUCAAUGUGCUAAACCGCUAUUAGCUUUAUUGAAAGCAUUUGAAUGUAAGGUUUCUUAUGAGUACGAAUUUGAUCCCACUUCAAGUACCAUUUGGUACGUCUCCUUGAAGGAUAGACCAGAUGAACAGUUGCUUGUCCAGAGGCUGGUUCUCUUUGGUGCAAGUAUGAUUUUAGAGGGUGAUGAUUUUGGUGUUUUAAACGUUGGUUUGCUCAAUGAAAUGGGGAAUGCAGAUAGGGGAUUAGCAAAUCAAGAUGGAUUAAGUUUUGAGAAUUGUCAAAUAAUGUUAAGCUGUAGCGAUUUUCCUACCAAGAAUCACCUAGAAAAGUUACGUCUUCUAUCAAUUUUUGAGUAUAUGUCAAUUUUCAAAGCAUUAACAGGAUCAGUUAUUAGUACCGUUGGAGUCAGACUGCCAGACAUGCAUUUAGUGUUGAGUUCAGCAUUUAAUUUCAAGGAUUGGUGUGAAGUUUAUUUUGAGGGUCAAGGUUGGGUUAAAUUAUGGUGUCAUAUUAGAAGGGUAAAGAAAUCUUCUAAAGGGAAAACUAAAAGUAAAUGUCAAAUUAAAUUUUACAAAGAUGAUAAGUGUAAUAAUUUAGUGUGCUUUAUUCCAGAAAAUGAAUAUGUUCAAGAUGUUUUCUUUUACAAUGAGAAAAGUGAUAAGUCUUCAACAUAUUUCGAAACUAGUACAAAGUCCCAAUUAGAUUCAUUAACAACGAUUAAGCUUUUGGGUAACGUAUGCUACCCAUCAGAGUCUCGAUCCAGAAAGUUAUUGAGAUCACCUUCGAGUAUGUCUUUUAGCCUUUCCAAGUCUAACACGAUGACGAGUUUAGCUAGUAUGGUUACUACAAAUCGCAAAAGGACGACUACAGAUCCAACUGAUGGCACUCCUCCAGCGGAAAGUGUUUAUUCUGAAAAUUCAAGUGUUGAGGAUUUAUCUAAGUUUACCACCCAGUCUGGGGGUCUAUUAAUAAGGCCAUCAGUCCAUGGAGGUUUGGGUCAUUUGGAAUCAAUGAUUAGAUUUAUAGUACCCAUGAUGGAUUGUGCUCGUAAGUACGGUCGCCCCGGUGAUUUUAAAAAGGAUAGAUAUGAUGCUGAUUCUCUAAUGUUUGGCCUUCCAAGGUUACCGUCCGUGGACUACUUCGCAAUUGAAGAAAUGGAACAAGUAUUGAACGAACCGUUAUCUGAGGGCUCAGAUUCUAGUGAAACUACUGCAUUAGCAAUGAGCCACUUCACAUCCCUGCUAAAUGAAUGCAUACAGAGAAAUCCCGAAAGAGAAUCCCAUUUUCACUUCCAAAAGUUAAGUUCAACAUUGGGCAGUGGUAACCACGAAAAACCCUCACAAAUCCCACAGCCUAAUGCCAAUGGUAGAGCUGUAUCGGUGGCUUCCAACAGUGCCUCAUUGGUAUAA